AUGGAUCCAAGACGGUCGCCAGCUCUCUACAACCACAACCAGCACCAAAACCACAAUCCUCACCUCCAUCACAACCCCAGCCACAGCCAGAACCAUCGCCAUCACGGCCACCGAGGACAGCACUUUCCCCUGCCGCCGACCGCGACCACCGCGACGACGGCCGCGCACGCAGUUCCCGUCUCGGCGACGUCGCCAGCCUCGCAUCGCAUCGCCAGCCCGGCCUAUGCCCACCAGCGCCGCAUUUCCGACGCGCCCUACCGCUCCUCCCACGUCCGCGAUUAUCCCGAGCCCAGCCAUAGCCAUAGCCAUUCGCGUGCCCAGAGCGCCUCGUCCCUGCCCACCGCCCGCGAGCUGAGUCGCAACAUGCCGCCGCCGCCCACGUCGCCUCCCCAGCAGCUGGGGCCGCAGCAGCAGCAGCAGCCUCAACAACAGCAGCAUCAUCAGCAGCCGCCUCAUCCCUCGCAGCCUCACCCCGUCAUGGGCUACGGCCCGCCGCCUCCUCGACCGCCUCCCGUCGCUGUUGGGCCGCCCAGCGCCUUUCCGUCCGGUCGCGACCUGCCCGCUUUGAGCUCCAUCGCCCGCUCUGGCUCG